CCUGUUUCCCGCCAAAACCCUCGAAGCCCAGAGCCAAAAGCGCCCCCUCAACACAAACCAGAAUCUCUCGUUAUCUCUCUCACCGGGAAGCGGAAGCAGGAGACUGAGACGAAGCAAUGGAGAUCAGCGAGGAAGUGAGAGCAGCUCACAAGCGCGACUUCAUGGAUUUCUUAGAUCAAGAUAUUGGAAAGGGUAUUUACAUCGAUGAAAUCAAAGCCAUGAUCAACCACAAGCGCCAUCGCCUCAUCCUUAACAUUUCCGAUCUCCAUGACUACCGCACUGACUUAGCCCACAGGAUCCUCAAGAAUCCAGGUGAGUACAUGCAACCCUUCUCUGAUGCAGCCACUGACGUCUCACGCAACCUUGAUCCCAAGUACUUAAAGGAAGGAGAGCAAAUUCUUGUUGGCUUUGAAGGUCCUUUUGUUUCCCGACGUGUUACACCGAGAGAUCUUCUCUCUAGCUUCAUUGGAUCCAUGGUCUGUGUUGAGGGCAUUGUCACAAAAUGUUCUCUUGUAAGGCCAAAGGUUGUUAAAAGUGUUCACUUCUGCCCUUCAUCUGGGAAUUUCACUACCCGUGAAUAUCGAGAUAUUACUUCCAAUAUGGGUUUGCCCACAGGGUCUGUGUAUCCUACACGGGAUGAAAAUGGCAACUUAUUGGUGACUGAGUAUGGGUUGUGCAAAUACAAAGACCAUCAAACCUUAUCAAUGCAAGAAGUGCCUGAGAAUUCUGCUCCAGGUCAGCUUCCACGAACUGUGGAUGUUAUAGUUGAGGAUGAUCUGGUGGAUUCAUGCAAGCCUGGAGACCGAGUGGCAAUUGUAGGAAUAUAUAAAGCUAUUCCAGGAAAAAGCAAGGGCAGUGUCAAUGGGGUAUUCAGGACUGUGCUCAUAGCAAACAAUGUUUCUCUGCUGAACAAGGAGGCAAAUACACCAAUCUACACUCCUGAAGACCUAAAACACAUUAAAAGUAUAGCUGAGAGAGAUGAUACGCUUGACCUACUUGGUAAUUCACUUGCACCAUCUAUAUAUGGGCAUUCAUGGAUAAAGAAAGCUGUGAUUUUAUUAAUGCUUGGUGGAGUGGAAAAGAACCUUAAAAAUGGGACCCACUUACGAGGUGACAUAAACAUGAUGAUGGUUGGUGAUCCUUCCGUUGCCAAGUCUCAACUGUUAAGAGCAAUUAUGAAUAUUGCUCCUUUGGCUAUAUCUACCACUGGUCGAGGUUCUUCUGGUGUUGGUUUGACAGCUGCAGUUACUUCUGAUCAAGAAACAGGAGAAAGAAGGCUAGAAGCUGGUGCCAUGGUUCUUGCUGAUCGAGGUGUUGUUUGUAUUGAUGAGUUUGACAAGAUGAAUGAUCAAGAUCGUGUUGCUAUACAUGAAGUGAUGGAGCAGCAGACAGUUACCAUUGCCAAAGCUGGUAUCCAUGCAUCAUUGAAUGCUCGAUGCAGUGUAGUGGCAGCUGCAAAUCCAAUAUAUGGAACUUAUGACCGGUCAUUAACCCCAACAAAGAAUAUUGGACUUCCAGACUCUUUGCUCUCCCGUUUUGAUUUACUGUUUAUAGUAUUGGACCAAAUGGAUGCUGAUAUUGAUCGUCAAAUCUCAGAGCAUGUCUUACGUAUGCACCGCUUUCGAUCUGCAGCUGGAGGUCUGGGAACACUUGAUGGGGGUUCAAGAUAUGGAAAAGAUGAUGAAGCUGAUACGGGUUCAUCUGUCUUUGUCAAGUACAAUCGCAUGCUACAUGGGAAGAAAACAGAGAGGGGUCGGAAGCGUGAUACCCUCACCAUCAAGUUUCUAAAAAAGUAUAUUCAUUAUGCAAAGCAUAGAAUUCAGCCUGAGCUGACAGAUGAGGCAUCUGAUCAGAUUGCAACGGCAUAUGCAGAGCUCAGAAAUUCCAAUUCUAAUGCAAAGACUGGAGGAACACUUCCAAUUACUGCCAGAACCUUAGAAACAAUAAUUCGUCUUUCUACUGCUCAUGCCAAAAUGAAGUUGAGUAGACAGGUUUUGAAGUCUGAUGUUGAAGCUGCUUUGAAAGUUCUAAAUUUUGCUAUAUAUCAUAAAGAAUUGACUGAGAUGGAGGAGCGUGAGGAAGAAAGGGAGAGAGAAUUGGAGAAAAAACGCCAAGUUGAUCGCAAUGCUGGUGAAACUGAUACUGUUGACCAUGAUUCUGCUGAUAGAGAAGGUGCAACAGCGGAUGCCAUGGAAGUAGAUGCCUCUCCUGCAGCCCCAUUCAGUGGCAAUAUUUCUUCAGAAAGGGUAGAAGCAUUUGAUUCUGUAUUUGGUCAGCAUAUACGGGCAAACCAUGUGGAUCUUAUAUCCAUUGCAGAUGUAGAGAAGGUUGUGAAUUCUGGAGCAGCUGUCCAGUAUUCAAGGGCAGAGAUUUUAUUCCUAUUAAAGAGACUGGAAGAUGUUAAUAGAUUGAUGAUAGAUGACAAUGAUGUGGUGCAUAUCAUUUGAAGAAUUGCAGGAGUAUUCCAGUGGCAAGUGUAGGGGGGGGAGAGCAUAAUAUGACAAAUCAAGGCACAGAAGUAAACGUCGUUUUCGGAAGGGAGACAAGGGAUGGAACUUUCUAGUUGGCCAAACUCAUUUGUAGAGGCUUGUAGAGAGCUACUUCCACUAAAAGUAAACAAUGGUGAAAACUAGAUGGAGCAUUGCAAUAAUGUAUCUUCACAUUAUGUAUUUUGUGAGAAGUGGAAGAAGUUUUAUGCAACAUGAUGAAACAUUUUGUGAGCAUUUUAAUCAUUGCAACUCCAUGGGAAAUUUGGAGCAGUUCUAUGCUUGGAUUGGCCAGUUUUAUUAGAACUUGCAGAACUUUAUUUUGUAAUUGCCACUGCUGGAGGUAGAGGAGACCAUAUGUUUUUCAUUUGUACCCAUCUUUGCACAUCCCUCAUUUUGUAAGGUUUCUAUUUUUCUUGUUUUGAGCCAAAAUUAUAAAGACAAGCUCGUGGUUUGAAUAAAGAUGCCCACUAAUAAUUUGAGAA